AUGCCAAUUCCUCCAGAAAAUACAUCGAAUAUUGAAGAUACUUUAAAUCAGUUAAUACAUAAAGAAAGAUUAUAUAAUAUUACAGAACUAGAAGAUGAAUUAUGCCAAAAUUUACCUUUAUUAAAUGAGAAUCAAUACACAAUAUUUAAUGCUGUUAUACGAGCAAUUGAAUAUUUCCUUCAACAAAUAGGAGAUGAAAAGUAUCCAGUCAUCGCAAGUACCAAAAAUAAAAUAGAACUUCCUUUAGAUAUAGUCAUAAGUAGUGAAAGACUAUUAGAUCUUAUUAAUUUUACCUAUCCGAAUUUUACCCAAAAUUCUACUGAUAUGAAUUAUCUAAUUGAAAGAGCUAUAUUAACUCCAAAAAAUGACAAUGCAACUACAAUUUCCGAUCUCAUAAUAGAUUAA